AAAAGUCGCUAAGUUGGCAACACCGGUUCAAUCACUUCGUAGAAACCAUUAAUAAUCAAACCGCGACGCAGCCAAUAGCGGCUCACUUCCUCACCGGGUGAGCCCGUUUCUUGACAUUUCAUUGGACAGAUGCGAGAUCUGGUCAUGGCGUUACAGAUAGAUGUAGCGGAAUCACUUAAAGAAACAUUGUAAUUUUUUUAAUUGCUUUAUCCACGUUACAUAUGUGUGUUAUGCAUGGAUAUCGUUGUGAUUAUAACACUUAAAAAUAAAAUAAAAUUAUUGCAGGAAAUAACCAACCAAUAUGAUGUCGUCACCAGAAAGCGACGUAACAACGUCCAGAUGGAUAGUGAGGUGCAGAGAGAUGGAAGAGUUCUUGAUCUCACAGAUGAUGCCUGGAGAGAAGACAGACUGCCAUAUGAGGAUGUGACAAUCCCACUGAGUGAACUUCCAGAAGCAGAGCAAGACAACGGUGGAUCGACUGAGUCAGUCAAAGAGCAAGAGAUGAAGUGGUCAGAUCUCGCCCUUCAAAGUUUGCAUGAAAACACCUCAAACCUUGGGUCAUAGAUGAGAAGGUGCUCCGUCCUCUUGAACUCCAGCCAUGUAUCUGUCUACCAUAUCAGUCUCUGAUUCAGGAUUUACGAUGGAAUGAGCUCAGCAACAUGCUCUAUUUAACUCCAUGUAGUUUCCAUGUGUUUAUAUCAAAAUAAUUAAUAAAAAAUGAAAGUGGAAUUCAAAUGCAGUUAAAAUUUAGACUUCUGUCUUGGUGAUAUGCAUGUUUAAAGGCCCAUCAUAGUGGUUCACUGAUGCUGUUUGGACUAAAAGUUUUAAGUCAUAGACUGAUAUAUUGUUCAUGUCCAAUUUAAUAGGCCGAUAUUUGGGCAUUUCGAGUUUAUCGAUAAGAAUGAUAUCGGUGUCUGCUUGAACACUUAAUUAACAUAAGGGUUAGUUCUCCCUUGUGUGUUUCUAAAUCUACUAAUAACCUUGUCAUUAAAUAAUGAACAAUGACUGUUUUUUUGGGGGUCUGAUUUGUUACCAUCAUAUUUAUUUGUAUCAGCCAUAUUGUAUGCAUUUAAUUUGCCAUCAUUGAAUUGUCUUGCCUAUAUCAAAAUUAUAUUACCCAUCGGUUACCAUGCUUCCUAGAAAUCGGUAUUGGCAAUUGAGGUUUAUCACAUGAAAAUGUAUAAUACUUCUUUCUAGGUAAGUUAGUAAUUUAGCAGUUGCCCCUCAUCCAUACAUUACUCUGAUUGCAGGGACAGCUAUCCUGAAAAAAUGUUGUCAUCCAAUAUCAGUAACACUCCCAUACUGUCUCUGCUUGAAACAGCAACCUGUAGUCACAAACGUUGUGUGAUUGUGUCACCACUCCUCAGCAUCCUUAUAGGUCUAUUAGUAAAACAUUUUGGGUGAAGGAUUGAAGACCAUAAUAUGAAUUAGACUCAUUGAUUACACAAACGAAACAAUUUAUGAUGAUGAUGAUAGUUUGUGACAUGUAAUUGUGAUUGAACUAUGCUGAGGAUUCUGCUAAAAUUUUAUAUAUAUAUAUAAUGACUGGAAAAAAUAUUGGACUAUAUUAGCAUUAACUAUAUAAUAAUUGGAUUAAAAAUGCAAAAGAGAAAGGAAUCAAUAAAUCAAUCCUUCUCUCAGGCUAGACUGAAUUUUAUUUGUGUUUAAAGAUGACACUGAAAUGCUCCAAAUGUUAUAACAAAUAGCACAAAUAUAUAUUUGAACCAUGGCUAACUUGGAUAAUAUUAUGUUUCAGUAAUAGCCAACAUGUAUAGUAUAAUACUGUCUUGGUUUUACAUAAAGAUAUUGUCAACUAGGUGAUGCAGAUGCAUAGAGGGUUGGGGGAUCAAGACCAAACAUCUAUCCCAUUUAUAAUGUCUUGAUAUUAACAUAUUAAAUCGAUGGCCUUUUACAGCAGUGUAUUGUCCAAAUUCAAUAAAAAAUACUUUAUUUUACAACAGCUAUAGUAUUUGACAUAUAAUGCUAGUUGGGGAAUGUAUUUAUUUUACAGAGAAAAAUAUUAAUUUAGGUUAACUCAUUUGCUAGCUAUACUUUAAAAUGUUAGAAAGAAAAAAUCAGCCCAAAAAGUUGUGUCAUUGGGGCUUAAUGAAAUCAGACUGCAGGUUCAUACAUGCAUAAUUAAAUUAGGCCCUAAGGCUUAAUGCUAAAGAUAGAUUUUGGGUCAAGUCAUCUUGAGGGGUGUGCAAGUUUAGAAAUACUGAUUUAUGAUUUCAGUUUGGUCCCAUAACAUAGAGGUUACAUAUGAGUACCUUUAUUUUUUUUAACAAUAGCCACCCAACCAUUCUUUCAGUCUAAAAACAAAAACACGGCAUAUUAACUUCGAUCAUAAAAGUGCCGACAAAAAUGAACUUCAUAAGACAAAAAACAGAUGUUAUCAGGGAACUAACCACAAACACGCCAUUUUGAGCUUGGGCUCCAUUAAAUACCUAAAUUAAACACUAAUUUAUAGGCAUUGUUUUGCCAUAUUAAUUACUGUUUGACAGAAUGGAACAUGCAAUGACUUGGCAAAACAACAUAAAAACUAUGGGUCCCCCAAUAAUAAACUGUUUUAAAUAACUAAAAUAAUGUCAGCUCAAGCUGAGAGAUUUUUCAUUCCUUGGGUAAUGUGCUGUCAUUUACAUUGUAAAAGCACAAACAGUUCAGUAGAAAUAAAUGAAAGGACUAUGCAGACCAACAUCUGUAUGAAAACUUCUGCAACAGCAGUCCUCAUUCAUUGUUUGGUCCCUCUAACAACAAAGAGAAACCUAUCAAUCCUCAGUUCAGACAAUCUUGUCAGUCAUUCACAAGUUUUCAAAUGAAUAAGAAAAAAUAAAUCCAGCUGCUUGUGAUUAAACUUUACCAGACGUAAGGUAAUGGUACAGUUUGGACAAAUGACAAAAAUUUACAUUUUAGACCCCCAACCUGAAGGCAGAUAUAUAAGAAUUCCAUGUCCAACCUAGUUGAGUACAUUGAGUGUAAAAGGAAGGUAUGAUGACAUUAACAGUUUUUCCCUUUCACUGUUACUGUAACAUUCAGAAAGUACACAAUAUACUGUAUAUCAAGGUACACAGAACUGUUCUGUAAAGAUAGAUUACAUGCAUUUCUAAAAUGCAAACCUUUAAGUUCCAAUUAUAUCCCAUACCAGACGUUUUCAAAAUAAUAAAACAACAAAAGAAUCUCUUAUAACCAGUAGUUUUUUCUUUCUUCCAAAUAUACAUUACUCUUCUGGUUAAGAUUUUUGUACCAUUGUUAAUAUCAUAGAGUAUAUACAAUCUAUGACAAGUUAUAUUUCCAUGUCACAAUGUGGCUGUUUAACAACUGAUGAAAUUAUGGUACAUUCAGCUCAGUAAAAAGUCUUACAUUUCUUUGCACAUUUAAAAAAAAUUAAGGAAACUGAAUGUAUACAGUCAUGAGACAGUCCACUGUCCUGCAGAGGCUGCUGAACUAUAUUGAAGUUUUCAAUAAUAAUUCAAUUAAUGUCAAAAAUCCAUCCCAC